AUGAGCUCCACUGGCAUUAAAAAGAUCGAUAUACCGCUUUAUACGCCCAUUUCCAAUUCAAAUAGAUCUCAUCAGUACAUCCAACUUGACAAUGGUAUAACAGCGCUGUUAAUUUCGGAUCCAAGUGAGCCACUUGCGUCGUUUUCCGCUUCAAUCAUGACAGGAUCCCAUAACGAUCCAGACAAUGUCCCAGGGCUUGCACAUUUGUGCGAGCAUAUGAUCAUAGCUUCGGAAUCAAAGAAUUUUCCAAAGGCUACAUAUUACCAUAAUCUGUUAACGGAGUAUAAUGGGAAUCAAAACGCAUUUACCACUGGCGAACAAACCUGUUUCUACUUCGAGAUCCCAAAUUCGAACAAUAAGACCGGAAAACCCAUAUUUGAUGAGCUGGUGAAAGUGUUCGCAGAUAAACUGAAAUCUCCUCUAUUUUCUGCUUCUGUCAUCAACCAAGAGAUACAAGCCAUUGAUAACGAACACAAUAAUAACAAGAACCUCAAUUCGAAACUGUUGUACCAUGCCAUUAGAAAAUUGGCCAACCCUAAAUCCCAAUUUUCCAGGUUUGGAACAGGAAACUCCCUCACCCUUGCCCAAGUACCCCUUGUGGGUAAGGCAAGUAGCCUGAAAAACAUCUUGCAGAAAUAUUAUACAGACCAUUUUAUUUCUGAAAACAUCAAUGUCGUUGUGCGCGGUUCACAAUCAAUACACUACUUGAGAAAACUGGUUCUGUCAAACUUUGGUGAUUUUAGAAGUGGUACUAAGCUCCAUAAAAGCAUAGGAAACAGUAGUAAUAGGCCCUUUCAGAAGCUUUUCGAUAAAUGGGACCCUAUUUACUCUGAGCCUGUUUUCGAACACAAGAAUUCUUCCGUACCCAAUACCAUAUUCCUGCAGUCGUCUAAAGCUCCGUUACUUCGAUUGGUAUUUCCGGUGCCUUGCAAAGGAGGCUCGUUCUCUAGAAACGAAAUAAACAUAUUUGCAAAAGUAUGGUCUGAUCUAUUUGGCGAUGAGAAUGAGGGGUCGAUUCAUAGCCAUCUGUGUGCUAAGAACUUGUUGAACAAGCAUGUUUCUCAGGUAUCCAAAUUUACUGUUAACGAUAAAGGUUUGGUUCUACAUUUUGAUUUGACAACUAAAGGCUGGGAAUCUGGUGUCGACAGUAUUCUGACACAUCUAUUCCGUGAUUUUAUUCCAUAUAUUUUGAAUUUGGACCCUGAUAUUAUCGCUAUUUAUUUGAACGAAUGGAAUGCUAUAAAUAUGUUGAAGUUUUUGUAUCAGGAUCUCGAUAGCUCUACUAUGGACAAAUGCUCUGAUCUUUGUGUAGAAAUGGCUCAAUGCGAAGAACCAAGCUUCAUUCUAAAUAAUGGAAUGACAGCUCCGUGCAAUCACUUAGAUUCGGGAAUUGAUAGCUACUAUGAAAACACACCAUCGCGUAAUUGGUGGAUACGAUUGGCUAUCAGGUUUCAAUCUUUCAUUAGAACAUACAUGAAUUCUGAAAACUGUAAAUAUAUACUUCUUGGGGAAUUGAAGAAAAGUAAAUCAUUCCAAGAGGCUAUGGGUCACAGUAAACAGAAUUUCAGUAUGUCUGUUGAUGAAUAUUUUGGAUUGGAAUAUGUGUUUCUUAGAACACCGACAAAAUAUAGUGCUCCCACGGCUCAAGAACUGGAACCAAUUAAUUUCCAGUUACCAUGUUCCAAACAGUUUUUAUUUGGUCUAGAGAGAAACCUAAGUGCUCUUAAACAGUCACUGUCUGCCGUAUUGCAAAAAUCACAACAAUCAUCUUUGUCUAUGAUAGCGAAAUCUGAGCUUCUGGAUACCCAACCAGAACUGCAUAGAAAGAAUGACAAUUAUGAAUUAUGGAUCAAAAGAGAACACCUGUUGCAGUAUAGUUCAAGAUCGAUUAUAACUGUGGAGCUUAUCAACAUGAAAUUGAGCGCCUCUGCGGAGAAUACUAUGAACCUUGAAAUUCUAACCCAAUUAUUGUUUUUGUACAUAAACGAAACCCUAUAUUCGUCAGAAAGAGUGGGGUAUAUGUAUCAAAUUGCGGCGAAUAAUAGGGGCGACGUGAGAUUGGCGCUUACCAUCAGCGGCUUCCCCCAGGGGGUUCUCAAGAUAUUACAGGUUAUCAUGGAUAAGUUGGUAAGCAUCUGUCAACCGACGUUUGAAAUUUCAAAAGAAAUGUUUAGAGCUAGUAGAGUAGCAGUUAGAAACAAAUAUGAAGAAGCUGCGAGGGCAAAUUCUUGUACAUUGGCCUCUCUUGGGGUUAUUAUACUACUUGAAAAGAAUCUCACUACUCUGGAAGAGAGAUUGGAUGCGUUAGAAGAGAUUACCUUGGAAAGUUUCAAGCAAUUUAGCUCUAAGCUAUGGAUUCCCAAGUCAAACUAUAUGAACCUUUUCAUCCAGGGAGACAUAUCGAUAUUGGACCCUGUAAACGAAUAUAUGAAUGGUGUAAUUCAUCAUUUGGAUAGUGGGAUGACGACAGAAAAAUUCCAUUUAAAAGAACCUGAAACAAUUAGACUGCCAAAGGGUAAGGACUACUAUAUCCAACUUUCUGGUUUCAAGGAAGAUCCAACUAACAGCGUUGUAUACUUCAUUGAGACUGGAGAUCGAAAAAGUCCUAUAGAUUACACCAUGACAAGUCUACUGGAAUUUUUCAUGUCAUUGACCCUCGUUCCGGAUCUGAGGCAUAAGAAGCAAAUCGGUUACGUUGUCCUGGGUGGACUGCGAUUAUUAACAGAUUCCUUGGGAAUACACAUAUCUGUGAUGUCAAACUUAGAUCCAGAAACUAUUGAAACCAAAAUUGAAGAGUACUUGUACUACCUGGAACAUGAGGUGCUCGAUAAGAUGACAGAGAAGGAGUUUCAGGAAACUAUCCUGCAAAAGUACAUCCAACUCAUUAAAUCGAACUCUCUAGACAAACUAAUAAAAACUGCCGGCCCGGCAAACUUGAUGGCCCAAAUAGAGGGUAGCGUCCACAGCGGCAACUAUCCAAGCACAAUUCAGUCCCAAGGGUACACAUUGGGGCACCACAAGAAACUAAAGGAUGAAAUCAGUUUCCGUACUUACAAUUUCUCUACAUCAACCGUAGACAUCGCUUUGCUAUCUCAAUUAACACUAGCAAGUUGGAAACACUACUUCAAUUCUAAAAUAUCCAUAUCAUCGGAGCAAAGGCGUAAGCUCUCGGUGCGCUUCAAAACUUCGAUGUCACAAACAGACGUCACUGCAAAUAUAAUGACAAUGCAACUCGACUAUUUCUUAAAAUCCAAGGGCUUUCACAUCCAAAAAGAAGAACUGCAAGCCAUCGUAACCCGAACUGGCGGCAAACCCGCCUCUCUUUUCAAAGAGUUAUUCCACCACUUUAGAGCCCAGGGUCAGUCUCUUAAGCUCUGCACUCUUGUCCUAAAGGAAAUUUGCAAGCAAAUAAUGGCCCUAACGUCAACCUCGACUGUUGCAUCACCCACAAGCAGUAAGCAGCGAAUCCCACUUCCCCUCUCUCUAGCAAAGACUGAAAUAAUUUCCGUUCAACAGUUCAAGCAAAUCUGGUGA